CAAAUAGGCCGAUUGUUACUGUGGCAUUUCCUUUUUAAUAAAUGAUCUACUUUCACCUUUGUUACGUUAGCAGACCACUGUGGGGUUGGAAGCAACAUGAUACAUUGCGGUAAGAUCACGUUAUGUAGACCUUAAUGUUGCACGCUUAUCAUCCAGCUUUACUUACUGCAUCUAGGUGCUUGAUUUUCUAUCGACCGUAAUUGAAUGCGUCUUCUAUGCGUUAUGUGUCAAUGACUUGUAGUUGUGCUUCCUGAUUGGCGAGUAUUGAUUGAUGUGGAGUGUGCUCAUGAUGUGGGUGUGUGCAUGGUUGAUGGGAGGCGCUCGAGCUCACAGGGAGUUCACAGCUGCAGAUGCCACCGAUCACACAGUUGGAUAUUUACCAGUACAGACAGUAUCUCCACUUUUAAGAUGACAGCUCAUUUAAAGCUCCCUGUGAAUAAUCAGGACGGUAUCGAGCUUGAGAGAACAGAGGACCAUGAGUCUGACGGCAGCAUCCCUAAGCCAGUCAUGGAUAAUCCACCUCGGAAGAUGGCGGGCAAGCUGGUCAGCGGGGCGUGCAGGCUGAGCACCAUAUCGGAGAAAGAACCGGAAAAGCCGGACACCGAUCCCACUCCCCGUGAUCCCCUGGGUGGCAGCGAAUGGGCUGGAUCAAGCUUCUCCGUUGGUUCUGACAAGUUGAAGAGCAGCAGCAGUGAUUUUUCCUCGGACGACUCGUGCCAGACUGGCGGUGGCGAUGCGUGUGCAGCACUUCUUCUCGCCUGCCUGCAUUGUCGCUUUCACGAAUUCAUGCUUCUGCUAUUGGAUGCGUGUGAGCUGGCCGUGGGUCGCUGCUUUCCCUCGUACAAAUACAUCACGGCCGCCAGCGACCAGCAGGGAAACGACUGCUGCAACUACAACCUGGAGAUGGAUUGCAACUGCUGCGGCUCCUGUCAGGACGCAGGAGAACUCAUCGAGCUGGCCAUGGAGAUGUCAGAGGUCUGCUAUCGCUGAGAGCCUCCUCACCUGUGGGCCCUGCAAGUACAAUGGAAAAAAAGUAAAAAAUCACAAACGUUGUGAAUGUGAAAACCUUGAAUGCUAAACGAAAUUCCCCCAACUGUCUCCUCUCGGUCAAAUCGAUGCCCGGAUUACUUUUCGCAGUGGGUUUGUGCGUGCGGGCCCUCAAGCAGGUACCCGCCGCCACCCCGAUGAAACGCUGCAGAGCCGCUUGUCGCAAGGAAAGAUGGACACGGUCCUUUUGGUGGUUAAAGCCCCACCUCGGCCCGCCGAGGAAGGCCGCCGAAUGCCAACAUCCUGUCUUUUUCGGAGCGGAAAGGGAGGGCAGGUCGGUGUGUUUGUGGAGCCAUGUCCACAUCCGCUCCGCUGACAUCCUGUACGUUUCCGGUGUCUCCCCAUACAGCAUGAACGAGGGAGACGUGCACCACGCCGGGGACGUGGGAGCAUGCUUUCAAAAAGACACCUCCGACCAUUCAAGUGAUCACAGCAUGUAAUCUACAACCAAGGGAACUUAUCAGAUGGUAAAAUGUGAAUGGAAAUGAAUUAUAUUAUGCAUCAAAACGGUUGCUUUUGUAAUAAAUUGUUAUUUGGUUUGGUCAUUCCAAAUGAAUGUGAUACAAAUGAAGUACAACCUUUGGCAGAAUAAUGGCACGAGCUCUCAGUUUGUUUUCUUUUAGUUCCUUAUGUUCAUUGGCCAUGCAGGAUGUUCACACUCUUUAGUUAUAUGUCCAUUGGUAUGCUCGGCUGACUGGGGGGAGGUGAUGUCACUCACAUGUGAAACGCGGACUUGGUCGUGCAUUCCGAAUAUAAUUGGUCACGUUGGUGGCCGGGGAGCCAGAUGGAGAUACUGUCCUCGCCGUUGCCACGGCUCCCACGGGGUGUCCGGACGACAUCAUUGACCUUUGAAUGUGUUCAAGCGUGUUAAACGUCUACUGUUGGCUCAUUCUACCAUGGUGCACAGCAAAGGCCUUUUCUCCCUUUUCAGAUUUGUGUUCAUAGUUCAUUUCAUAGGUCAUGUGUAUACAAUGGAGAAAAAGUGUAGUACAGCAUUGUUUGCAAAACUGUAAAUAUAUGAAUAUUGCAGUACUUUGAUCAGUGGGCCAUAGACUCAAUCAACUUAAUGUUACUUCAGUGUUAUUUUAAAUGAAGAUCUUUGAAAUUGAACUUGAAGGUUUAACAGUUUGUUCCUUUUUUGGAUUAAUUCCAAUGUUUACCUUAUGUGUUGUUUGUGUUUGUGUGUAUUCUAACCUUGUUCAGAGCCAAUGGGGAUUUGAGUUUGAUAAUGAAGAUGUCUGAUAUGCGUAAUUGCAUGUAACCAACUCAUACAUCUUUCCCUUUUUGUGUUAUAAAUACAACUUUAUCUGCCUGACGAAGUUAAAGAGUAAGUUAAUGUCAAAAUAAAGGCCUUUUUGGGGGGAA